CGAUGGGCUCCUCACCGAAUCGACGAAGCCGCAGCUCACCUACACGAUCCAAGGCCGCUGGUUCGGCUGGUCGCAAUACUCGGAUCGCCAUACAGUUGUCCAACGAGAGAAAGAAUUCACUGAAACGGAGGAUACGCAAUGUCCUCAUUGGCGCUUUCAUCUCUGGAAUACUUGUCGUAUGCUUUAGAGGAUACUUCUCUGAUAAUGCUCUCGGGCACACGCAGUACAGCCCGCAGGGCCAGUUCGUCGAUUGGGACGACAGAAGAGAGGAAGUGAGAGAUACGUUUUUGACAAGCUGGAAUGCCUACAAGAAACACGCAUGGGGCAAUGAUGUCUUUCAUCCCCUGUCCAAGAGAGGAGAAAACAUGUCCCCCAAGGGCUUAGGCUGGAUCAUCGUCGACAGCCUGGACACGAUGAUGCUCAUGAAUCUGACCCAGCCCCUCGCCGACGCCCGAAGGUGGCUGCACCGCAGCCUGACCUGGGAUCAAGACCAAGACGUUAACACCUUUGAGACCACAAUCCGCAUGCUGGGCGGUCUCCUCUCGGCACACUAUCUCUCGACCCAGCUGCCGCAUGCCGCUUCCAAGAGAGACUCCGUCUACCUCUCCAAGGCAAUCGAUCUAGCAGACCGGCUCCUGGUCGCGUUUGACUCCAACUCUGGGAUCCCGUAUGCGAGUGUCAAUAUCGGCAAGAGGGAGGGCAUCGUCUCGCAUGUAGAUGGUGGGGCAUCGUCUACAGCUGAGGCUGCUACCGUGCAGCUUGAGAUGAAGUACCUCUCUCACUUGACUGGGAACGACAUCUACUGGAAGAAAGCAGAGCGCGUCAUGAAGGUGCUGGAUGACCAGAAGAUGGAGGGCGGUCUACUUCCCAUCUUCGUACAUCCAAGCCACGGACAGUUCACGACGAGGGAGAUUCGGCUCGGAAGUCGAGGUGACUCGUACUAUGAGUACCUUGCGAAGCAGUACCUCCAAACAGGCGAAGCUAUCUACCGCGACAUGUGGGACGACGCUUUGGGCGGCAUCGCAAAACACCUCAUCACUACAACGCGGAAUGCAGCGCUGAAGUUCGUCGCGGAGCUUCCUAACGGUGUGGGAGGAGCGCUUUCUCCCAAGAUGGAUCAUCUCGUCUGCUUCAUUCCGGGCACAAUCGCCAUGGCUGCAACAGAAGGGCGGUCCCUUGCGGAAGCCCGUCGCGACCCGGGCUGGACACAGCAGCAUGAAGACGACAUCGAACUUGCAAUCGAGAUCAUGAACACCUGCUGGGGCAUGUACGCCGUCACUGACACGGGUCUCGCCCCCGAGAUUGCGUGGUUCAACGCUAGUGAAGCGGACUUACAGCCCCGGCCCGGCGAUAGAUGGCUGCGCAAAGAAAGCAGUGCACUGUCGAAAUGGAAGAAAGACUUCAUCAUCAAGCCUCUUGACGCUCACAACCUGCAAAGGCCCGAGACAGUAGAGAGUCUGUUCAUGAUGUACCGCAUCACUGGCAACUCCAUGUACCGAGAAUGGGGCUGGAAGAUCUUCCAGUCGUUUCAGAAGCAUACUCUGGUGCCCGACGGAGAGGGGUACACUAGUCUGAAUGAUGUGCGGACGGUGCCUGCGACAACAAGGGACAACAUGGAGUCUUUUUGGCUGGCCGAGACUCUGAAAUACUUAUACUUGCUGUUCUCGCCGGUAGACUAUAUGCCAUUGACAGAGGUCGUCUUCAAUACGGAAGCGCAUCCUCUGCCGAGAUUCACGCCAAGGAGUUCUUUGAAGACUGGUUGGGAAAGACUGCCGAGAUGAUUAGCCAUUUGUAGAUCGUCUCUUAUAUCUCAGAGUUAUGUAAAGUAAGGUAUCAAUGACUCCAGCCAUGAGAGUGC